UUGGUGUUUUGUUUUGUGGGAUAUUUUCUAGGUUAUUAUCAAUAGUAUUUGUUGAUUCCUGAUUUUAUGAAGGGUUAUUUCAGACAAGAGCAGUAACAUAAAAACGAGAAUUGUUUAAUAUCGAAAUGUUACUGACAUUAUGCUUUGUAUUAGUAUUUAUGUCAUUAUCUUAUUCUAAUUCGAGUUAUUAUAAGAUUACUAAUUUGCCACCUGAACAUGUUUCAUAUUACUUCAAUACUUUCCCUAGUGAAGCUCAGUCUUGCAUAGAGGAUCCAGAAUGUUCAUUUAAAGCGUCAGCAAAUUUAAAAACCUGUUGGGGCUAUGAACGUCGUUGUAAUAAGUCCCAAUCGUAUCAUGUUAGGCCCAGAUGUCCAGGUGAUCAUCGUGGGUGGGUAAAAACAAAAGAAUCACAAUAUUCAACAUUUUACACGCAAGCAGAUUUUGGAUAUGUAAAGGAACAGAUUGAAGAGUUGAUGGUAAUGUGUGAGGCUUCUUUUCCUGAUGAUACUUCUUUGGAAUGUUCCAAAUAUUUAAGAUUUUGUCGCGGCAGAAAUAUGAUGAUUAACUUUACCAGUCUUGUGGGCCGUGGUGAUAAUUUACGCUAUAAGAUGGACAUUUUGGGACCUGGGCAAAUAGGAGGGUUUUGCAAUUUUUACUCCGACAGGCUACUCAAAGAAGCAGAGCAUAUGAGUGCUCUCCAGUCAUGGGGACCAGAAAUGGUAAAUUUUGUUAAAACUUCGAAGAGACCAAUUGCUGAUGGAAUUUGCGAGGAAAUUAUAGAAAAACCAACUUAUAUCAUGAAACUGGAUGCAACUGUGAACAUGUAUCAUCAUUUUUGCGAUUUCUUCAACUUAUAUGCUUCAUUGCAUGUAAACUCCACACAUCCUUCAAUGUUUUCAAGAGAUAACCACAUUCUCAUCUGGGAGACAUUUACCUAUGAGUCUGCAUUUAAAGAUACAUUCAAAGCAUUCACAAACAACCCCAUUUGGGAUUUAAAAACAUUUAGAGGCAAAGUGGUGUGUUUUAAAAAUGUUGUAUUUCCACUUUUGCCGCGUAUGAUAUUUGGACUCUACUACAAUACACCUGUGAUCUACGGCUGUGAAGGAAGUGGAUUGUUCCAUGCAUUUUCCAAGCACAUACUGCAUGCAUUAAACAUAAGGUUAAAUAUAAGAGAGAACAAAAAAGUAAGGGUGACAUUGCUUUCAAGGGGCACAACAUUCAGAUCUAUACUUAACGAAAAAGAGCUUGUUAAGGCACUACUUAAAGUCGAGGACUACCACGUACAACGCGUGGUGUACGAUAGGACUGUUCCUUUUAAGAAACAGUUGGAAAUCACACACAAUACGGAUGUUUUUAUCGGAAUGCAUGGUGCUGGUUUGACGCAUCUCCUGUUCUUGCCGGAUUGGGCAGCUGUAUUUGAAUUGUACAACUGUGAAGAUCCAAACUGCUACAUGGAUUUGUCUAGACUUCGGGGAUUAAAGUACGUGACUUGGGAAGAUAAAAACAAACUGGUUCAACAAGACGAGGGUCGUGGCCCUGGGGGCGGAUCCCACGCGAAGUUCACGAACUAUUCUUUCGACGUGGCCGAGUUCCUGAGACUGGUCGCCAAGUGCGCCGAGCACGUACGCAAGAGGCAGGACUUCAACAACUUCGUGGAUGCUUCUCUUCUGAAGAGAUCACACGAAGAACUGUGAUUUUACAUCCGCGAUAACUGUACACUGAAAGCAUCAAUGAAGUCAUUACUUUAUUUCGUAGCUUUAUUAUUUUAGUUUAUUCGAGGCUCGUAGGUCGAUUCUCUCCAAACUAUAGGUUGUGUUUGGCUCAGUUCGUUACGUUUACUUAUUGAGGACACUGUCCUCAAAAAGUAAACAUAUCAUAUCAGUAUCUACUGAUCAAUACAUUAAUAUAGGUAAAUUUUGUGAAAUCUAAAAUUAUGCACCAUAUUUUAUAAUUUUUUAUACUGUAAAGUAAUUGACAAUUAGGACAAUUUUGAAAGUUGUUCGAUAAUAUUUUUUACUCGCGACUUAAUACUCUGUAAAACGAAAAUAAGCUGACUUAGAAGGGUGAGGAAAGAGGUAUUGUAGGUACCAUUUUUUUUAAGUUGGAUCAAGCCUUAGAACAUAUCCAGAUCAACAUCUUAGUAAACUUCAGAUCGGAGCUUUAGUUUUCGCGUGCUGCGAGUACAAACAUACAGACAGAAACACCGACAGAAAUUCUAGAAGUCCCUUUUUUGGCUUCAGUUUGUUAUAUACAGAUCUCCUACAUCGAUUUUUUUAGCAAAAUAUUUUUUAAUUAUGGACAUCGGUCAGAGCGGUUAGUGCGAGUUUUACUCGGUCAAACGCGUCAAGCAAGUAAACGCGAGUUUGUAUGGAGUUGCAUUAGUGCUAUCGCGUUACCACUAGGUGGCGCUGAUUAAAUCUCAUAUAAAUUCGCGUUUAUGAAUAUGUCUAAGUCAUUCCAGUAUUUUAACGUAUCUACGUUUAAAUUCCGUCCAGAAUGUGUGUCGAUAGUGUAGUUAAAAGUACAAUUUUUUGUUAUUUUUGUCAUACGUUACUGCCAUUUAAGCUAUCUAGAUGAACGUGGCUUUUGAGUCUUUUCGGGACUGUUCUUCUGUCGACCCCGUAAGAGAUAAAGUCAUGAUUUAGGAUGUAUGGAGUUGAGAUGAGACAUGUCAAUUAAUUUUUUUUUUACUGCCUAUUUGCCUUUUCUUUACUGAAAGCGAAAUCUGUUUAUAUUGUAAGAUUACCUAACAAAAGUUCUUAGGUACGUCAUUUAUUUUAUCAAAUUACAAUUUCCGAAUAUUUUUUUUUAGAUUUUACAUUUGAAAUACUGUUCAACCCCAAUGCGACACAUGAAGUCUUGUUACUUUUUAUUGUUAUUAGAUUAUUACGAUUUCAUCUAUACAUAUCAUUAUUGCACUAGUAAUAAGUGAGCGCUAUAUGAUCACUGUGAUACAGGAUAUUUUCAUUAGGUAUGGUAAGUAUUCAUCACAUACAUAUAUACGACUGGCUGUUACCCGCAACUUCGUACGAGGUAAAAGUUCAUUGUCAAUCGUCGUUCAGUUAUACAGCUUUAAACCCGUUCUCCCCCUUUUUGUUCAAGAAAAUAUACCUAAGUAUAUUUUAUUCCACAGAGUCAACUCUAUCUCUGUACCAAAUUUCAUCCAAAUCGUUUCAGUGGUUUAGGCGUGAACGACAAUCAGACUCGACAGACAAACAGAGUUACUUUCACAUUUUUUAAUAUUAGUAGGGAUUUAUAAGUACAUAUUACUCGGUUAUGACUCGAUUAUAAUUAUAAUAUCAUGGCGUCGAAUAUCAAAAACUGAUUUAACGAAAUGUUAAUUGAAACAAGCAUGCAUAAUCUCAAAAAGGGCGAUGAAUGUUAUUGAUGUAAUCUUUUUUAUUUAUUAUUUGGCGAAUGCACCGCUAGUUUAAUUGUAACAGCGCAUUCGAACGCAAGUUCCAUAAUUACAGUCCGCGAUAUUCAGAUAAAUCGUUCAUAACAUCGGACGGGAGUUGCACGUCCACUUGAGUUAUUGACAUGUACUGUUACGGUUAAUCCGCGGAAUCCCUCCAGUAAUUUUGUGCAAUAAAGUCAUAAAAUCCCCACAACAAUUUUGGUAUUGAUAUGCAUAUGAAUGCUUUUCUUUGAUAGUGUAAAAGUCCUCCGUUUAUGUAACAGCAACAAAUAGUUUGUCAAGUGAGUAAGUUAGGACAGAUUGCAAAACAGGUUUUGCAAUGUUAAUAAUAUACCAUUGUAUGAGUAAGUUUAUUUUUUUACGAAUUCUGCAUCGUUAUUGUUUGACGAUUUCUGAUUUUGUUAAAUUAGAUGAUCAAUAAAAUUAAGAUAAAGGAAACCUAAAAAUAAAAUAUUCAAUCAUAUCUCUUAUCUUUUUGUAAGUACUCAUAAAUCGGAAAACAAUUGCAUAAUGAGAAGGCAGUGUUUACAGAGUAGAAUUAAAUGAAUGACCCAUGCCGCCACCGCCGCGGGCACUGUGCUCAUAACUUUUUGCUUUAACUUGAUCGUAUCGCGGCAUAAAACAAACCAUUUAUUGCAAUAAAAUUUAAGACCUGAUAAUAUUCUGGAAAUUUUUGUGUUAGAUAUUAUAAUGUUCACAUAUAUUUAGGCUGGUCCAUAUUGUUACAUUUGUGCUCAGAUAAAACUGAAACUCUAAAUUACUCACGUAGUAUUAACACGUAGGUUAUUAAAUUAUUUUUAUGGUGACAAUUUAAAAUUAUAAAUUUUUAACUCACGCUAAUGAUUAGUAAGUAGGUUAUUUGUUCGUAAAUACUUUAAUAUAACAUAACAAAUUUACAAAAGUACAUAGUAUGACAAAAAUAUUAAUGCACAACGGCGAACUUGUUCCUAGGAGGGAAUUUUUCCAUCACCAGGUAUCUGAAAAGACGUAUCUUUAUAUUUAGGUAAUGUUUUCAAACUUGUUGUAUAAUUAAAAGUGUAAUAAAUUAACGACAUUCGUAGACUUUUAUACCUACGUACUUAAGAUCUGGAUAGGGAUUACGCUUAUGGUUUUUUUACUUAUAUAUUGUGUAUAAUAUUUGUGUAUGCUUUUACGAAUUUGAUAUUAAAAGAAUUUACUAAUUCUAUAUUACUCACAGUAUUUUUUUGUGAUUUAUAAUAUGAUUUUUAUUGUUUGUAUUAAAUUUGUACUAAA